AUGAAUCGACUCAGAGUACUCAGGAAUUUGACAAUCCCCAAAUUGUUUAGCAGAGUCAGUUGUUUAGCCUUACCUUAUCUAAUUUACCAUAACUAUCGUAAUAAUCCUAUUCAUUGUUCUAAUGAAGUUCGACAAAUGAAUCAAUCGAUGUUUGUUCAAAAUAUCCUUGGAAAUAGGAAGGAUUAUUUCUUUUUGGUAAUCUACAAAGAAGAAGUGGAUGGAGGAUAUGGAGAGAAAGAAGCUAUUGAAGUUGCUAAAAAAUUGUAAUAAAUAGCUGAUAAACUUUAAAUCAAUUGCCAUGUUUAUACUGUGUCUAGACCUUCCUUAAAAUUAAUCACUAAAUUAGUGAAUAGGGUUAAAAAUGUGAAGAUUUAUGAGGAAGAGGAGUUUUAAAAAAUUGAAAUAUAUUUUAAAACACCUCAUUCGGAUGAUUAUGUUUACUUUCCUUUUAAAAAACACAACUUUUAUCUAGAAAAUAAUUAAGCUAAAAUUUUAACGCGAGUAUCAAGAUUCUUUGAUUUGUACUAAACAGUAACAACUAAGGAAUAGUUUUAAUCAACCAUUUUAGAAAGCUAUUAUUAAUUAGACUCUCCUGUUUUCAUUAAGUCAAAUAGCUCUGAUGCUUAACUUAAAUAAUUUAAGAAAAUUUCCUUUUAGUUUUUGGAGAAAAAGACUGUAAAUUAAAACUCAAAAUUUCUCAUCAUAGAUAAUAAAGAACUAUGCUAAGAAUUGCAAUUAAAAGAUGAUGAUAUAUUAUUGUUAAGAAAUGAUAUCCUGCAAAAAUAUCAAAAUUGCAUCAUUAAUGAAAGCAAUCAAAUAAUACCACAACUGAUAGCUAAACAAUAAAUUGAUUAAUUGAAAUAUGAAUCAUUUAAUGAAUGGAAAUAAUACAAUACAAAGUCUACAUAAAGCAUAACUACUGAUAAAAAACAAUUAAAAAAUUAAUUCGUCUUUGAUCUCCAGUAAUUUAGUUUACCAAGAAUAUUUUAUUUGAAGAAUAGCAGAAAAUCUAAUAUUGGAGCCUUUGUAAGAAAGAUCCAAAAUCAUAAAUACUAAACUGAUAAAUUAGUUGUCAGUCUGCAAUUAGAUCCUAAACAUUAAAAUAGAUUGGAUAAUCACAUAAGAAUAUCACUAUUCUUUAAGCUCUAUGAGAAAUAUAGGGACAGAUUGGAGUUUGUGAUAUCAGCAACCAAUUAAUUAGAAGAAUUGCUGCCUCAUCUAAACAAAUUUCAGAGUAAGUUUGUUCUUUUUAAUAUCUUUAAUUCGAUAUCCUAUUCGAAAUAAUUGUUUCCAUAAACUGCAAAACUAUAUGAAAAAUAUUUCCUUAAAGACACUUAAUUUGUGGAGAGAUUUGAAGUAAUUGAUUAACAAUUGAACAAUUUGCUCUAAUAACCUUCGGAGGAGAGAAUAGCCAACAUUGAUUAUUUAUCUUAGGAUCUUGAUAAGAUUUAGGAAAUUAAUUUAGAUUAUUUUAAUUUCCUUCAAAGUAACUAAAAUAAAAACUAACAAAUCAUUUUAUAUUAUUAAAAUGACAUAAUGACAGAGGCAUUACUAACUAUACUCAAAAAUCUGAAAACAAAUUAAAAUAUUUAUACUAUUUCCAGUCUAAAUUAGAUACCAGCUCUUUAUUCAUCAUUUCCGAAUUAAAAUGUCUUGAUAAUAAAUGGAACAGCUAUAGGAUUUCCGAAAGCAAAUGACACAAAUUUAAAUGAGUUAAAUACACAAAUCGAGAAUUUGAUCAAACAAUAUUUAUGA